AUGCGAAUGGCCAGCUACCACAAAGCGGACGAGGAUUCCGAGAGAGACGUUGCACCCAGAGAUGCAGAACGUGGGUACUUUGAAGUUGCGGAAACAGAGAAGUUCAGCAUCGCCCUCGACAGCACGACACAAGGGGCGGCUAUGCUUGCCGUUGCACAGUGGAGCGAUGCAGAGUAUGCGUCAAAGUACGGCCAGAAGCAGGCGAUUGGCCGCCUGAUCAACGGCCUCGGGCUCUUCGCAAUCUCCGUGGUGCUGCAGGCGCUGUUAAUUGCUCUGCUGCUGUUCUUCUCCACGCAGCGAAUGCAAGAUCCAUAUCAGUUCGAAGAAACUACUGAGAUGGCUGAAUCUCUUCGAAAGGCGCAGGAGUCGAACACCACGCUGCCGGAAACGGAUCGGGUUCUCGGGCUAUGCCUUCGAGACCACAGUGUGCCAUACUCCCAGUCCGUGGUAGUCUUCAUAUGGCUCUGCAAGAUCAGUCCGGACAUCAUUUUCAAUUUGUGGACCAUUGUUUUGCUUGCUAGCCUGCCAAAGUUUGAGGGCUCCUCUCUCCAGUUCACCGACGGCAACAUGCACAUCGUCAGGCUGCCCCGUGGUGCGAAAUGGAUGUUGAUUCUGUUCGUGAAGAUCCCUAUGCUCCUCGUCCAGCUUGCCUUGGCCAAGACCGGACUGACCUUUCUUAUGUAUUGUUCAGCUCUUGGAAUAUUGAUCAUGAAAGCCUUGGCCUUGUCCUAUGUCUGCACAGUCCCAAGCGUGAUCUUUGCCGGAUUGGCAUCGAAAGCUUUGGCCAAUGAGGUGGGCAAAGCCAAACUGACCGGAACCAUCAUGAAAACGACUUUCUGGGAUGCUUGGCUGGCUGGCAUCACCAAGAUCGCUCUACAUGUCGCUGUGGCAGUUUGGUAUUGCCGGAUUUUACAUGCCGGGCUCACCGCCUUCAGAUGGGAGUGCUUCUUCUACAAGUACAAGUUCGUCUUCCCUACCUGCCAUUGUGGCGUGGAGCUUUUCGGCGUGCACGUCGCCAACUGA